AGAGAGCUGUGAAAAAUAUAAUAAGUUAAAAAAUAAAUUAUUCAAUAAAUAAUAUUGGAAAAAUGUGUGUUUUAUUUACGUGUUCAUUUUUUGUUUUAAUACAACAAUAAUAAUAAGCUAGACUAAUCAGUCUGCUUUAUUAUUAUUGUUGUAUUAAAACCAAAAAGGAAUUUAAAGUAAAAAUAAAGUGGAAACUAGGAAGACGGCUAUGUACCUACCCAAAACAGGGCUGUAUAGCUAAAUGCCUUUGCCCAUACUAAAUCUGUAUAUUUAAAACGAAUGAAGCUGUCAUGUAUCACUGGCUCCCAAUCACGUUCUACGAAGAAAUUUUUUGUUAGGAAGUUGGUCGUCUGAUACCUACUAAGUCUGUGAUUUAACUUAUUUACGAGAUUGAUCAAUUUGAGGUGUUAUGUUAUCAAGUGAUGUUUAAUUUAACAAAUUAGUUUUAUAUUUCAUCGCAGGUAGCCACUUGAUGUGGUUAAUAUAUAUAUAGUAACUGGUUGUUGACAAUUUAAAAAUGAAUACUCUUACUAAAUUUGGUCCUUUAACUUCAAUUGCUAUGAAGCAUACAGCAGGUAUAAAUUUAUCUGCAAGAACGUAAGUACCUUUAAAUAUGCAGCCAAUCUUUAACUCUCUAAGCUUUCACUCUUUAUUUUUUGAUAUUAUUUUUUAGAUAUUCUGGAAGAAAAAGUGAGUUUUACGAUAUAGUAGUUAUAGGAGGAGGUAUAGUAGGUUCUGCAUCUGCUAGAGAAUUAAUUAUGCGGCAUCCACAGCUAAAAAUAGCUUUAGUUGAAAAGGAAAAUCGGUUUGCAUAUCAUCAAAGUGGCAACAACAGUGGUGUUAUACAUGCUGGUAUUUAUUAUAAACCAGGAUCCUUAAAGGCAAAACUGUGUGUUAAAGGCCUUGAUAUGACAUAUAAAUAUGCAGAUAAGAAGGGUAUAAAAUAUAUCAAAAGUGGGAAACUUAUCGUGGCAACUCACAGACAUGAAGUCCCAAGAUUGCUUGAACUAUAUGAACGCGGAUUAAAAAAUGGAGUAAGAGAUAUAAAAUUAAUGGACAGCAAAGAGCUGAAAGAGGUGGAACCUUACUGUAAUGGGGUCCAAGCAUUGUGGUCACCACACACAGGUAUAAUUAGUUGGGGUGAAGUAACACAAUACUAUGUAAAAGAUUUCAAAGCCUGUGGUGGGACAACAUAUCUUAAUUUUGAAGUUAGUAAGUUUGCUGAAGCACAAGAGGCUGAUUACCCUGUCAUGAUAAUAGACAACAAAGGAAAUGCAAUACAGUCUAAGUAUGUGUUGACAUGCUGUGGUUUACACUCCGAUACUGUAGCUGUUUUGACAGGUUGCCCUGAGGAACCAAAGAUAAUACCGUUUAGAGGCGAAUAUUUGUAUUUACGACCUAGCAAGAGUAAUAUUGUUAAAGCUAAUAUCUACCCUGUACCAGAUCCUAGGUUUCCAUUUCUAGGUGUUCACGUGACACCAAGAAUUGAUGGACGUAUAAUUCUCGGACCUAAUGCAAUAUUAGCAUUUUCUAAGGAAGGGUACAGAUGGGGAGAUGUUAAUUUUAAUGAAUUAAAAGAAAUCAUAGGAUUUUCUGGCUUUCGCAAGUUGGCUAUGCAAUAUGCUGGAUUUGGUUUGAAAGAAAUGGCAAGGUCUGUAAUAGUACCAUUACAGGUGAAGCAAAUACAGAGGUUUGUUCAACAUAUUACAACUGCUGAUGUUGAAAAGGGCCCUGCUGGUGUCAGAGCUCAGGCAAUGGCGAAAGAUGGUACACUAGUUGAAGAUUUUGUGUUUGAUUCAAAUCCUGGAUCUGGUGCAAUAGGAAGCAGAGUUUUACAUUGUAGAAACGCACCAUCUCCAGGAGCGACUUCAUCACUUGCUAUUGCAGAAAUGAUAGCAGAUAAAAUGAAAACCGAAUUCAAUUUAUAGGUUCUAGUUCAAGGUAGCCUUUUUCAUAAUUCGUAAUAUUAUUUUAUUGUGUUCUUUCGUAGUUUUGAAGGUAUAUUUAUUAAAUAUACUUUUAUCGGCUACAGGAACAGUUGCAA